UCCGGAGGGAGGCGGAAGAGCCUCUCGGCUCUACCCUCCGGAAUCCCGGGACCAGUGAGGGGCCACCCGGGGUACCGGAAAGGGCCGCCGGGGCGGGUUGGCCGCCCUCGGGGUGUCGGGGCUGCGGGUCUGAGGGAUAAGGAGAGGCCAUGGCCAGCGACGGGGCCAGGAAGCAGUUCUGGAAGCGCAGCAACACCAAGGUCCCGGGCAGCAUCCAGCAUGCAUAUGGCGCCCGGCACCCCCCAUUUGGCACCUUGCUCAAGGCCACACCCAAGGUGCCGACCACGCCGGUGAAGGCCAAGCGAGUCAGCACCUUCCAGGAGUUUGAGAGCAACACCAGCGACGCCUGGGAUGCCGGUGAGGAUGACGACGAGCUCCUGGUCAUGGCGGCCGAGAGCCUGAACACCGCGGUCGUCAUGGAGACGGCCAACCGCGUCCUGCGCAACCACAGCCAGCGGCAGGGCUGCCACAAGCCGCCGGGGGCUCUGGGGCCCGAGCAGAAGCCAAAGCCUUCGGUGGAGCCUCCUUCGGUCCCGAGUGGUGACCUCCGGCUGGUGAAGUCUGUCAGCGAGAGCCGCACGUCCUGUCCCGCAGGAAGUGCCAGCGACGCCGGCCCUCUGCAGAGGUCCCAGUCUCUCCCACACUCGGCGACCGUGGCACUGGGCGGGGUGCCGGAGUCCAGCACCCUCAGCAGCUCAGCCUUAAGUGAAAGAGAGGCCUCCCGGCUGGACAAGUUCAAACAGCUCCUUGCCGGUCCCAACACAGAUCUCGAAGAAUUGCGGAAGUUGAGCUGGUCCGGGAUCCCGAAGCCCGUCCGUGCCAUCACAUGGAAGCUGCUCUCGGGUUACCUUCCUGCCAAUGUAGACCGAAGACCAGCCACUCUCCAAAGAAAACAGAAAGAAUAUUUUGCUUUUAUUGAUCACUAUUAUGAUUCUAGGACGGAUGAAGUUCACCAGGAUACAUACAGACAGAUCCACAUAGACAUCCCUCGAAUGAGUCCUGAAGCAUUAAUACUGCAACCCAAAGUGACAGAGAUUUUUGAAAGGAUAUUGUUUAUAUGGGCCAUACGUCACCCUGCCAGUGGAUAUGUUCAGGGGAUAAAUGACCUUGUCACUCCUUUCUUUGUAGUCUUCAUUUGCGAAUACAUAGGACAACUACACCUUUGCUCAACCUGGGAUUCAAAUGAAAGUGAAAAUCUUGGAAGAACUCGUGAGCCGGAUCGAUGGGCAAGUCCACCGGCACCUGGACCAGCACGAGGUGAGGUACCUGCAGUUCGCCUUCCGCUGGAUGAACAACCUGCUGAUGCGCGAGGUGCCCCUGCGCUGUACCAUCCGCCUGUGGGACACGUACCAGUCGGAACCCGAGGGCUUCGCGCAUUUCCACUUGUACGUGUGUGCUGCUUUUCUCGUGAGAUGGAGGAAAGAAAUACUGGAAGAAAGAGAUUUUCAAGAGCUGCUGCUCUUCCUCCAGAACCUGCCCACAGCCCACUGGGGCGACGAAGACGUCAGCCUGCUGCUGGCCGAGGCCUACCGCCUCAAGUUUGUCUUCGCGGACGCCCCCAAUCACUACAAGAAAUGAGCCCGGGCCCACCGCCGUGGCCUCCCCCGCCCCGGGCAGCACACCCCACUGCCGGCCGGCUGAAGGCCACGGCCGAGGAGAGGCCUUGCUGGAGCGGCUGGCCGGGACGUGGUCCAGGGCCUGGCGAGGGCUGGCGGCCUCUGUUUUCUGAGAUACCAAAGAGAGCCAGGGAGGGUCCCGGCCACGCGGGGCCAGAGAGGGGUCGGGCAUCCCCCUCUGCCACCCUGGAGCAUCCUUGCCAAACGCCCACCUCGUGGAGCCCCCGGCCGGGGUGGCCUGAGAGGCAGACCCUCUCCGAGCGGCCCGCUGUCCGGGUGCCGGGGGCGGAGGGAGGUGGCAGCCAUCUCCUUACCUACUUGGAAAUGUAAACGUUCUAUUCUGUUGCGCGAAAGAGAAUAAAACGUAGACAAAGUCAUAAGUGAGACGUUGCACUAACCUAUGAAGUCUCUGUGCUCUCCCAGGCCUCUGACAGCCAGCCGGAUUUCUGUAACUUCGUCACGUUAACGUUGCCGCGUACUUGCUCCCUUGGCUUAAACGUGGCUGGAAGGCAGACGGCGAGCCCGGGGAGGCUCCGGCUGCGGCAGCUGGGAGCAGAGCGCGGCCUCGAGAAAUGGCCUUACUUUCCAUCCGUGACCUCUGGAAACAGAGAACCGCCCCGGCUGGUCUGUCAAGGAGCCUGCUCGGGCGGGAGCCCUUCCGCCGGGUGGUGCGGGGCGUCGGGCGGACGCUCAGGCUCCAGCCACAGCCUCGCUCGCCUGGGCCACCUGGAUAGGCGGGUCCGGACGCCCCUGCACCUGCACCCACACCGCGGGAGCCGAGUGGCCCGGGCCCCUCCGCUCGCUGCGUCUCCAGGUGUGUUGUGGACCUGAUCGCUGCUGCUGUGUGUUGGUCACUGGGGCCGUGAGCCCAGCUGCAGAAGGUGGCAGACCCGCCCUGCCCUGGGCUCUGCCGGGGCCCGUCCUGCUUCCCCCAUGUUGCCCGCCCCGGCCAGAGAGCACCUGUCACGGGCAUGUUGCCCGUGGUGACGUGGACCCCCCCCGUGGAGCUCUAGGCCAGAGCCACAGCCACACAGGAGACAGGCUCCUGACCUCUGCCCCAGGCUUUCAUCCACGCGCAGGCAUCUCUUCCCACCACCUGCCAGCCCUCCCGGGGCAGCCCCGCCACCACCCGUCUCUGCACAGCUCAGGUGCCAGGCGGCUGCCCGGAGGCUGUGCAGCCGAGGAUCAGAAUACACAGAUGCACGUGUGUGAUGUGUGCGUUCCUUAUUUUCGGCUCGUUACGUGUGCGUGGAAAUCAGCACAAAAUACUGUGCAAAUGUCAGAAGCCCCCAAAUCAGCAGAGGGCCCUGCUUGCCACAGAGCAGACGGAGAGCACCCCGACUGGCCGGUCCCUGCCCCCCACCCUGGCAUCAGGGGUUCCUCCCCGCGCAACGCCCCCGGCCCACUGCUGCUUUCCUGCCGGGCGUCCAGUUCCACGAAGGCCCGUCCUGCUUAGACCCCGGGCACUGCCCACCGCGGCUCAGGUAGUCUGUGCAGCCCAAAUGCUGGGGACACAGAAGAUGUCCCCUGAAGGCAAUUGUUUUUUCAAAUAGGAAGCAUCUACGAAGUUCAUUGAGGCUCUGAGCGUGUUUCCAUGUGUAUGUGAACCUGGAACUGAAUGCAGGGGGUGUUGACGGGGUCCUUAGAGCCUGAGCCAAUCAGUCUGAAGUGAUUAGAGGCUGUUCUGUCUGGAAUACAAUGUGUGAAACACGGAAUAAAGAUGCAAUGGAAAUCCA